AAUGGCGCAUGCGCAGGCGGGGCUGGCGGUUAAGCCAAUGAGCCCGGCGCUUUCUUGCUCGCUUGCUUGCUUUUGGCAUCCCUGCGAGACAAACGAGGGAGGAAGAGGAGGCAGAAAAAGAGAGAAGAGGAAGGCAGGAAGGUGGCAGCGCACUGAAGAGCACCAGAGUGAUUUGUGGGAGGCAAAAGAAAAGGGGAAACAAAGAUGUUUGGCUUCCACAAACCGAAGAUGUAUCGGAGUUUAGACGGAUGCUGCAUUUGCAGAGCGAAGUCUUCCAGUUCUCGGUUCACUGACAGCAAGCGUUACGAAAAGGAUUUCCAAAGCUGCUUUGGUCUGCAUGAGGCCCGCUCAGGAGAUAUCUGCAAUGCGUGUGUGCUUCUGGUAAAAAGAUGGAAAAAGCUGCCAACCGGAUCAAAAAAGAAUUGGAAUCAUGUGGUGGAUGCGAGGGCUGGGCCAAGUCUCAAAACAACACUGAAGCCCAAGAAGAUGAAAAGUCUUCCUGGCAACAGGAUAAAAAGCAAUCAGAUAAGCAAGUUGCAGAAAGAGCUGAAGCGACAUAACUCUGAUGCCCACAGCACCACUUCAAGUGCCUCUCCAGCCCAGUCACCCUGCUAUAGCAACCAAUCGGAUGAUGGUUCAGACACUGAGAUGAGCCCUGGUGCUGGCCGCACACCUGUUUUCUCUUUCUUAGAUCUUACGUAUUGGAAAAGACAAAAAGUUUGCUGCGGAAUUAUUUACAAAGGCCGCUUUGGAGAAGUCCUUAUAGACACUCACCUCUUCAAGCCCUGCUGCAGCAACAAGAAGUCUCCAGUCGAGAAGCCUGAGCCUCAAGGGUCCCAGUCUCCAACAAUCUCCAACCAGGAAGAGUGGUGACUUCCACAGCUCACUGAAAACGGUGUAAAUGGAACCUCUUUCUCUCUUGAAAGGCUUGAAACUGACCGACUCCUCACUCUGGAGGCCUGCUAUGCUGCCAAAAGACUGUAGUUUCUUCCUUGAAACUGUUUUGAGGGUUUGUUUGUUUUUUACUAUGUCAGUUCUGUUCAUUCAGAAUUCUAUUCACAUCUCUUCAAAAAGGACUGUAAAUAAUAUUUAAGAUACUCUAAAAUAGAUAGUCGAGCUGAAUGCUGCUGCACGUUAUUAUUGUUCAAACCUUUCCCCACACAACUUCUUGCUUGAAUGAUAAUGAGGUUGGUAACAUAGAUAUGUAGAGUUUAUUACUAUUAGAGAUGCAGUGCUCACAUUUGACAUGCUGAAAUUUUAGCCAGUCAUUUUUUUUUCUCUCUGUGAGAAAAAAUAUUGUUUAAUGCUCUAAGGCAUGAACUUUGGGUACUCAAUUUUGUACAAGUCCUCCCUGCAAUGUCUAUGUUGUGAAAAUGGGGAGAGCUUACUUACUACUGAUGCUUCAGCAGUGAUGUUUCACCUCAGUUGGGUCUAACAUAUUGCAAAGAACAAACUGAGAAAGCUUGGCUGCAGGAUUCUGGGAGCUAUUCUAAACUAACUUUUCCAGAUUCAGAAAUGGUGUACAUAGGAAUGGCGAGAGGAAUGGGAUCAGACUAAGGCAAGGUUAGCAAGGCUGUUGUAAGGCUGGACAAACUAGGGGUUGAGUGGAGGAAUCCUGGACUAAAUCUUUUUUAUGCACUGUAUUCCGCUCACUGUUUAUCGGUGAAAGUUAGAGAUUAAUCUUCAAGGGAGACAUGGUAUUUUUAGAACCAUCAUCACAAGUGUAAUCUUGUUUAUGUCUAUAAUAGGAUGUGGCAAAUGUACAGUGCCAAUUCCUAGUUUUAGUACCAAAUAGUUUUUUCUGUGGUUUGGGAUCAGUUCAGGCUGCAAUCCAGCACAUAUAUAUAAUGUGUAAGCCUUAUUUUGGCUUGAUUUUUUGUCGCCUCUUCCUAUAAUUCUAUCAAAUUGAUAAAAAGAAAGUAAGCAUUAUCUAUCAUGCGAUGCAAUUAAAGAAUUGCAUCCCAGAGUAGAUACAGCACUCUGUUCGUUAUUGGCAAGGUCAGAGAGGGUUUAUGUGGUCUAUUUUGUAACCUCAUCUCAGCAGCUGUAUAGAAAUAACAUGGUAAUAGAGAUUACAUUUGAAAGGAGCCAUGCCAAUUUUAAAAACCUCAGGUUUAAGACUUCUCUUCUUUCCUUUGGAUUCUGUGUCUCUGUCACAUCAUUAAUGUGACAGCACAGCCAAGGAAAAGAACUCUGCAAUAACUCCCCUGUACUUUUCCUGAUCCUCGUUGAAAACAUCUGGGCUCACUUAAGGUUGCCCUAGGCAUGUUCUGCAUUUCUUGACAAAAGUGAGGGUUUCUUUUUCAAAUACAAUCCGGCAAAGGUUCUACAAAUUAAUGGAAGUCCAUACACACUGUUGUGUGUCUUCCUGCCAUCUAUGGGCUGUCAAGACUCUAGAGAGAGUCCCAUGUCACUUAACUGGUGGGGAAGAGAGGGAUUGGGGAGCAGAGUUACUUCAGCCAUGGAAAAAAUGUACCUGGUCUCAUUUUGUUGCGGGGAGAGAAAUUAAGGUCCAGUGGAGUGCACUGAUUUUCUUUCCCCUAGAAGCCAGGAGCAGCAGUAGUAUCUUCAUUGUGCUAAUAGCCUUCCCUGCCUCAUUACUGAUGGAAAAAAGAAGCACAGCAGCCUUUCCUAUGGUUUGAUAGCUGCAAGGCAGGGAGAGGUUUUUGUAUGGAGCACAAGGGUAACAGAAAUUGUGUUCUGUGUCCCAUCCAGAACAGGACUUACUUGUAAGUCACUAAAAGGAUAUCAGCUGCUGCCUGUAUAAUUUAUGCACACAUAACUUUCCCGCACUAUUGCAAUAGCAGUUGCAGCAUUCCCUGGUAUGGAAGGCCCUUCAGAUUUGUUGGAGUACAACUCCCACUAUCCCCAGCCAGUGGCUGCAAUGAUAAGACUUACAGCAUGACACGUUUGGAAGAACCCUAGGAUUGGGAAGUGGGCUCUAGUAUUGCUUCUUUUUAAUAUUGUCUCUAAAUGGGUCUGGCUUGUCAAAUGUAUUUUAUAUAUUUUGUCGAAACCACCUCAGUAAAUGUCCAUUUUCACUAGUUCUUGGUACUGGAUGCUGCAUUUCCCAAAACCCUUCCUGCUACAAUGCCUUUCCUCUCCAUUUCCCAGAAGUGCCUUUAGAUUUUGCUCUUCUUUUUCACAAUCCUAUCUUCUAAUUGUUGGAACUGCCCAGUUAAAUCUCCUCAAAGCAUAUUUGUAUUUAGAUUUGUCCUUUGCUGCAGUCUCCUUGUUCUGCUUUCAAUGUCAAUUACUUUCACAGAUGUCUUAGGAGCAAAAUUUCCCUACUGACAACAAAUAUGUCUACACUCUAGAAUUAAUGGUGUUUAACACCACUUCUGUUGCCAUGGCUGAGUGCUAUGGAAUCAUGGAAGUUGUAAUUUUUCAAGGUCUUCUCUGCCAAAAGAGGGCUGGUGUGUCACCAAACUACAAAUCUCAUGAUUCGAUAGCAUUGAGCCAUGGCAGUUGAACUGGUAUCAAACUUCUUCAAUUCUACAGUGUAGAACCAGCCAAUAGCAAUAGUAGGACUAGGUAAUCCAGGAGGAUUUUUAACUGUAGGAGUAGUUGUAUGAUCUAGUGACUGAAGUAAAUUUUAAAUAACCUUAAGCAGGCAUAAAGACUAGAAUCUUAUUUUUGUUUUAAAGUCCAGGUGGUCCAAGAAAGUUUUUGUUAGAUAUGAUGAAUGCGUGCCCCUGCUUUUAAGAGUCAAGAUAGUGGCUAUGGCUUUAGUUCAUCACACUUUUCAUCACUUUAUUUGAAUACCAUGAGAAUUUCUACUUUUAUGCAAUGCACUACUUCAAAUAGGCCUAUGUGUUUCAGGCUUUUUUCCACAUUUUCAUUAAACCAUUAAAUUUGAGCCCAUGUGAUAUGUCAGGAAAAAUUAAAUCCGAAAUAAUGUGUUCCUAUAUUUUUAGGUUACCUUAGUACUCUUUCCCAUUCAUCAAUAUCCUGCCUUCAUUUGUAAAUAUGGAGAAACAUUCUAAAGGGAGGAUAAAAUCAAUCAUUUUUGUAAUUGACUAGCUACUUGGCAGCUUUGCUGGGUUGGUAAUCUUUGGAGGGUACAUGCAGUACAUUUGUUGGCUCCUUACUGGAUUACACUUUUUAAAAAUGGGUUAAUGGUUCUGGGCAUUUAACAACUAAACUAUGAAAUUGUGUGCUAUAAUUUGGAUCAUCUCUUCCACUUCUGUAUUUAUUUAUUUAUUACUACAACAGCAGACUGUCUUGCCCUUUGCCUUCCUCUUCCAUCCUGUGUAGUAAUACAAAAUGAAUUGUAUGUAGUUAUGCACUUUGUAUUAAUGUAGUAGAAAUCUAUGGAACCUCUGUUUUUAUACUUUUUUUACAUUGUUCAUACACUUGUAAUCCAAGCCUUUUUUAAAAACUAGGGUAAUGAAUAAAUUUUUAGUCUUAUUUAGAAAAAUAUAAA